CGUGUCUUCCAAAGCACAUCGGCAGUCUAAAAGGAGCAGCCGUUCUGAGUAAACUUAAGGAAAACCCGUCACUAUGUUAACACCAACGUUGUACUUAUUUAUUAUUUUUAUAAGUCUCAUAAAUGUGGCGGUUAACCAGCUACCAUUGCCAUCACAUAUGGUAGCAACAUCACCUGAGCCUCCCUUCGUGGAAAUCCCUGGAAUUAAAAGCAGUUACUUUGCUUUGAUUGCAAGAGACACUUUAUACCUGUUGGCUACCCGGCUUCAAUUUUCUUUGACGAUAACGCACCCACCUGAUUUCCUGUUCGGAGGUUACAAGAAUGGCAAAUGGGACGGCAUCAUCGGACAACUGUUGCGAAAAGAGGCCGACUUAGGUGCAAGUUUGAAUGCCAUAACUUAUGCACGAUAUACUGCAAUUGACUUCAGUGUCCCGGUAAUAUACGACGUUACUGGUAUUCUAAUUCCUUUUCCGGAUGAAUCUUCAAAAAUCAUGGCGGCGCUUCAGCCAUUCAGUAUAGAGGUAUGGAUAGCUUUCUUCUCCGCAACCUUCCUCAUAUGCUUAACUUUAUCCGUGGAAGGGAAAAUCCAUUCAACCAGAAAAACGUUUGGAGACCACAUUAUGUGGGUUAUUAGCAUCAUAACUAGUCAAGGAUUUGGACAUUGUGAAAACCGAUUAGCCUUGCGCCUAACAGGAGCCACCUGGAGUUUAACAAACGUAGUGUUCAUCUACGUAUAUACAGGAGUGUUGACAUCCCUGCUGGCCGUCCCCAACUACAUUCCAAUUAUUAACACUUUAGACGAGCUAGCUACAAGUUCAGUUAUCAAGCCUGUGACGAUAAGGAGCACCGCUGUCGACGAUAUGAUGCUGAAUGCCAAAAAUGGAACGUAUAAACUAAUCGGCGAUACCUUCCGGAAAUAUCCAAACGAAACCUUGGUAGCAAAUACACUUGUUGGUGUGAACAGAGCAGUUGAAGGGGGUUAUGGAUUCUUAGAGCCAAGAACUUCGCUUCUAUCGCUAAUGGAGAAUGACCGAAAGGAACAUAAAGUUUGCCGAGUUACUUUGGCCAAGCAGACAUUUUACCCUAGAGCUUUUGCAUACCUUCUCCCAAAAAAAAGCCCCUUCAAGGAUGCAUUUGAUCGACAGAUAUUGCUGUUACAACAAUUUGGAUUUAUCAUUCACUUUCAAAGGAAAAUUGUCUUGCAAAGUAAUCGUUGCCUACUGCAAAAAAAGAAAGUUCGAAGUCGAGCACCGAGAUUUACUUUGGAUCAUGUCAGUAGUUCAUUCGUCAUUCUUUUUGUCGGAUACGCUGCAUCCUUCUGUAGUUUUGUCCUCGAAAACAUCCGAAAUGCUUUCGACUACGAUUGGUAGAAAGAUGUACCACUCAGUCGAACAGAAAAAGGAUGUAGGACUUUCUACAUGUAGUCCACCCAGCCUUGCAUAGAAGUGGGAAAUAAACAAAUAUUGAGCGCAAGAAAAGAAAAACUUCUUUUCUUUAACACGCAAGCGCUGCACACGAUGAAAUCCCCGACAGCAUGGAUCACUUUUCGUAGCUACCCUCACAUACCUUUUAUUUUGCUGAGGGUGAACUGUUCAGUUUUUAGUCUCUCCCAUGAUGUCGUGUUCUGCGAUACUUACUGCUUUCGCACAGCAGGUUUCCAGACCAAAAACACCGCCAACCGAAACAAUAGUUAACUUGGAGAGUGACAUCCUCAGCGUGGCAGCCUUGGCGAAUGCUUAUGCUACUUGUCACAACGUUCAAGACCUGCUGUACUUUCGGGGUUUUUCAUCUAAGCCAGUUCAUGUAAAGCGCGGGAAAAAAGGAGCAAAGCCAAGAACAAAAAAGAAAGGUUCUUGAUGAUAAUAAGAAGUCAACCAGCCAUCGAACAGCAAACGUUUCCUGAAUAUCAAAGAAAAGUGUUGCCCGAUAAAGCUGACGAUUAGUGGGUCUGGUGCUUCUUUCUCAAAAAACAUUUGUGACUCUCGACUCUAAAAUUGUAUCUCAUUCGCCAUUUUUACUUCCACCAUUUGGUCUGUAUUUAUCAUAUAUUUAGCCAUCA